UAUGCAGGAACUAGUGUUUAUUUACUCGCCUCUCCAGCGUCGGGGGAAGCAGCAACGGGCAGGAAAGAAGCUACGAAGGCAUCCGGAAAUGAUGAAAAAGUUCGCAGCUCUCCUGAGAGAGAGAGAGAAAAAGAAAAGUUUAGAACGUCAGGCAUAUCUGCGCGAAGUCCAACUUUGGACACCGCAGCCACAGUCACAAACUUUCCUUAAAAAAAAGUUUGUUAUUACUCGUUAUUUCCGCCUCUUUCCGCCCGGGAGAAAGAGCCAGGAGAUGGGAAUACGUCAGAUUUGAGGCGAAAGAGAUGACAUGUUUUGAAAGGCGGAUGAGGUGACUUUAUCGCCCAGAAAAGGGAGCUUAAACAGCGGCGAGACCCACUUAAGACUGACGGUCUCAUGUCCGCGGAGGCCGUCCAUCCUCCGGGUGGGCCAGCCGGGGCGGAUGGGAUCCCACAGCCGGAGACGAGCCCCCUUCUGCUGGACAUCAGCCCCGAUGCCUCUGAUACCGACGCAUCGGGACCGUCUUCCAGUCAUGUGAACCAGGAGAAUUACUCCAAGCCUGUAAGAAAUGCCUCUGAAUCCAAGACCUCUUCUAAUCAUGUGACCAAGGAGGAUCGCUGCGAGCCGAUACGAACUCAACCUCACACCGAUAAAAGCCCAAACGGAGCACCGGUGGACCGCACCGCCAUCUACCCGGGUGUCAGUAACGUGGGCACCACCUGCAAAUGCACGUGCGCCAAUGUCGGGAGAACGACGCCAGCGUCGGCGGCACCGGCGACCCAGCAGCCGUCCACGCCGGUUUCGCAGAAGAUGCAGCGAAAGUUGAGGUCCAGCUUGUCCAUGGACAGCGACAGCAGCCGACGCAGCAAGGGAAGCUCCAUGGGGUCGCAGAAACCGCCUUUACCUGAAGCAGACUGCUGUGUCCACUGCAUUCUGGCGUGCCUCUUCUGCGAGUUCCUGACGCUCUGCAACAUGGUGGUGGCGCCGGCCUCGUGCGGCCCGUGCGCAUCCGAGGGGUGCUGCUGCUGCUGCUGCUGCGCCGAGGACAUGGGCGAGGACUGCUGCAACUGCUCUUGCGACAUGGACUGCGGCAUCAUGGACGCCUGCUGCGAGUCGUCGGAUUGCUUGGAGAUCUGCAUGGAGUGCUGCGGCAUCUGCUUCCCCUCGUAGGGAAACCCUAAACAGCCAAACUGGAGCCAGCUGGAUGGACCGUAAUGGGGGAAAACUGUAUAAUGCGUGUGAUAGUGGUAUGAUUGUGUACUUUGUAUGACGUUUACUGACACUGGGCCUCACCAAAAGUAGAAGUAACUCCAGAUACACUAGUUUUAAAAAAAACAUAGUCUGUCCUCUCACUAUGAAGUAUGUUCUUAUACACUCCUGAACAAAAUCCAAGAACCUUUGCUUUUAAAAAUCAACAUCUGCAUUACAAUCUGGCGUUUGUCAUUUUCUGUCAGGCAUUUACAAUUCUGAUGGCAAAGGCUUUGACCUGUACAAGGCGCCAUUGCUGCCAAGGUUUUACUGUACGCACUAAAUAGGCAACCAGUGAGUCGUUUCAACAGUUUUUUUUCUCAGAUUAAUUUUAUGAAUUUAUUAUAGUGGCUGAUUAAGUAUUUUUUUGUUUUUUGUUUUCAACAACCAUAACAUAAAAGCUGCACCGGAGUUUAUUUUCUCAAAACAUAAAUCAAGUUACGUUUUUAUUUUUAUUUUUGCCGAGACACUCCUCAAUAAAGUCUUAAAACCAAUCAAUCAAUCAAUCAAAGUUAAUUUAUACAGCCCUUAAUCGCAAGUGUCUCAAAGGGCUGCACGAGCCACAACAAAAUCAUCGGCUCGGAUCCCACAUCAGGGCAAGAAAAAAUUUAACCCCAUGGGAAACAAUGAGAAACCUUGAAGGGGACCGCAGAUGUGGGGACCCCCCCGGGCGACCGGUGAAAUGGAUGUCAAGUGGAUCUAGUUAAUAGUGUGAGAGUCCAGUCCAUGGUGGGGCCAGCAGGAGAUCAUCUUGAAUGGAGACAGAGGAGUGGUCAACCCCAGGUCCAGACUUUGAACAGCCAGCGGAUCAUCUGUGGUCAUCUGAUAACCUCCCCACACGCAACAGAGGGGAGCAGAGCAGAAAAGAGAGACAGCAGAUCAACUGGUCUAAAAUGGGGGUCUAUUUAAAGGCUAGAGUAUACAAAUUAUUUUUAAGAUGCUUCUACUGAGGUAGCAUCUCUAACUGUUACCGGGAGGGCAUUCCAUAGUACCGGAGCCUGAAUAGAAAACGCUCUAUAGCCCGCAGACCUUAUUUUGGGCUCUGGGAAUCACUCAUAAACCGGAGUUCUUAGAACGCAGGUUUCUGACCGGGACAUAUGGUACAAUACAAUCAGCAAGAUAGGAUGGGGGUAGACUGUUUAGUAUUUUAUACGCAAGUAAUAAAACCUUAAAGUCACAUCUUAAGUGCACAGGAAGCCAGUGCAGGUGAGCCAGUAUAGGUAUAUAUGUAUAUAUGUAUAUAAAGGUAUAUACAGUAUAGGCGUAAUAUGAUCAAACUUCCUUGUCCUUGUCAAAAUUCUAGCAGCCGCAUUUUGUACCAACUGUAAUCUUUUAAUGCUAGACAUAGGGAGGCCCGAAAAUAAUAUGUUACAGUAAUCAAGACAAGACGUAACGAACGCAUGAAUAAUGAUCUCAGCGUCGCUAGUGGACAAAAUGGAACACAUUUUUGCCAUAUUACAGAGAUGAAAGAAGGCUGUUUUAGUAACACUCUUAAUGUGUGACUCAAAUGAGAGUUGGGUGGAAGAUAAUACCCAGAUUCUUUACCGAGUCACUUUGUGUAAUUGUUUAAUACAAGUAUAACGAUCUUACGCCGGUAGAUUUGUUGUAAAGUAAAGCAUUGCAAUGCAGAAAAAAGUGUAUAUGCUUAAAAAGAAGUCAAAACAGGUACUAACCUUGCCUUUAAUGCAAUGUUUCUGACAUUUAUUCACUGUCGUGACCUACACUACUGUUGGCAAAGGCAAAACAUCUUUGGAUGUAAGAACAACUAUUUAAACAACUGUUCAUCAGCAGAUUAAAAGUCUAGAAACGUAGGCUUAAUAAGUCAAGAUCUGCACCAAAGUCAUCAUUUUUCACAGAAUCUUAAGAGUGGGCGCAGUGAGAGUAAUUUUAACAUUCUAAAAACAUCCUAAAGGGUUACAGGACAGAAAUGUCAAGUGGUAAAUCUUGCCCCCCCAUUAAAAAUAAAUCUAAGCUGAAGAGUUUGUGAAGACCCAACAAGCCCGUCUUCAACCGUAAUCAAAGACUUUACUAGGAAUGUCACGAUCUGAUAUUGAUAUCUGUAUUAUUGGUACCCUCUAUUUUACAGGGAAUAGUCCUCCCAUAGUAUUUCAUUUCAUGAUACGAUACAAAGGAGUAAGCACAAACAAUAGCAAUAUACAGUAAGUGCUGGUGAGAGGACUGAGCUGUCUAAAGUUGGGAGCCUUCUCUAAAAAUGGUCGCUCUCCACAUAUGCGUCCGUCCACUGAAACCGAAAGUUAACUUGGCGCGUGUGUUGAGAAUACCCUAACACCAUUAGAACCAGAGGAAAGUAUGUGUGUGAAGGUACAGAUACGAAACCGGGCUCAAUCAUUGUGUUUAUCUCUUUGAGCAAAACCAAGGCCAAAGCUAGUAACUUGUAAGGCGUUCCAUUUUGCCCAAAGCAGGGAAAAUAUCCCCCCCACAGACCGAUAUAAGCAAAAAAACAGAUUAUACCGGUCUGCAUCUAAAGUCUUCGAUAUAAGAAGUCUGAUACAAGCAGUCAGUUUUGCUCGCUGAACAGACAGAUAACAGGUUUUCUCCAUUUACUUUAAAUUCAUGUCAGAUUAUACAGAAAUAAGGUAUGUCAAUAUAACGAUACAAAAUAACUUAUCUGUGACAUUUCAACAUAAAAUUAAUGUAUGGAACCAAAUGCUUUAGCUCGAUGCUAAUUUACAUUGGAUAUAUGAUACUGAUACUGAUACUGAUACUGAUACUACUGACUAACAUUAGCGAUUUCACAAUAACUACAACUAAUAUGCAUUUUAAAGGUGCAAUACUUAAAGAAUAAACACUUUGUAGGGCUCAACAAAAGACAAGACUGGCACAUUUAACUUAAUGGCAAAGACUACUUCCUGAUGACGGUACACUAAGUGUCAGAGAGCAAGAUAUGACAACUGAAUAGUAUACAGGUCCAUUUUUUAGUCAAUGUAUUCUUUUUCAUGAAUAGGAAUGAGGAAAAACGAUUGGUUUAUUUAAAUUUGAUUUUGAAUUUAUUUAUUUUUUUAAAUUUAACUACAACACGUUCUUUUUUUUCAGUGUUGAAAAUGAAAGAACCUGUGUGGUGUUGUAUCCUGCAUUUAUAUAUAAAAAGCAUGAAUCCAUGACUAUUUGGUGUUGUUGGCACAGGAUGCAACACCACGCUGUUUGUUUCUUUCUACAGACAAUUUAUACCCGUCUGGUUUUUAAAUAAAAACUUUUGGUUCCGGUGCCAAAAUAAUUAAAAAAAAACAAGGUUUUUUUGAACAGCUUUAUUAGUUUCUACUGAGUAAUUGUCUCGUUUUUUUAAAAUUACAAUUCAUGAAACGAUACAAUUCAAUGACCAAAGGAUACACUGACCUUUACAGUCCAUUCCAGACUGAGCUAAAGCCCUUUGAUCCAGCAGCUCCAGGAUCCAGGAUGCAAAGCUGAUAUAAUCACACCAGUAUCACUUGAUCAAGCCUUUUGUUUUACAAGUCCAAACUGCAAAAAUAGUUGGAUGAUUUAUCCUGAUAUCGGAUCAAUAUCCAUUAUGGCCAAAUGUCAAGGCUACAAUAUCGAAAUUGCCCACACAACAUCUCUAUAUUUGCCAGUUGAUUUUUGUUCAGGAGUGUAUUAUCUAGUCUCUUCUCAUAUUGUUAAGUCUCUGUAAAAUGUGACUCUUCAUGUACUCAUCUCUAUGGUUGUGCUGCACAGACUGUCUUGAAGAGGAAUGGCAAGAAAAACAGUCAAGAUCCUUGACUCUGAAUACAACAACAGCGUUGUCAGCUUUUUUAUUGUCAACUAAUGAAGUCAAAGUCUGUUUCUUAAUUAGCACUGUCCCUCGUUAGCGCCAAGUGUUAACAGAUUGUUCUAAUGUCAACAAACACUGUGCACUGUACGAGUACAUUUGGUGUCAUUUGGAACUAAAUUCAUGUCAAUGACAUUUUAUUCCAUCGUUCAGUUUGUUGUAGUGUUAGGAAAACACAAUAAAGGCAAUGUGAACAUUUCAUUUAUGUAGUUGUGUACAC